CGCGCGGUUUGGAGAGCCCUUUCACCCUCCCCGAAUAUGGCGUGGCAGGUCAAAAAGCAGCUGCGCAUUGCUCUUGCGCUCGGUGUGAUUCUGUGGGUUGUUUCGACUCUGGUGUGGAGCGGGCAGCCCGGCGGCAUCGUCCUGCAGUAUGCGGACUUGUCAGGUUCAUCAGCGAACGCGGUUGCCAACGCCGACCCCAACCCCACCCCGGACAGCGACAUGCCGCCGCCAGUGGUGCUGCCAGACACGUCGCACGAGCAAGACACGUCCACUGGCAAAGCACCAAGCGCCGUGGCUCGGGUGGGCGGCGACGACAACGACGACAAUGCGGACGAUGCGGUCGAAGUGGGCCCUCCCAUCGAACCCGACGUGGGCGACGGAUGGCAGCAGCUCGGCUCCUCCUACGGCUCGGCCCAGCCAACAGCAGGACUCGGUGGACUUGUCGUCGACCAGGCAGAUAGCGAAGAUGAGCUCGGAGGCGGAGGCGAAGGCGAGGAAUCGGAAGGCGAGGGAACGAACGAGAAUGGCUCGCUACGUGGGAGCGGCGCCUCUGCAAGCUCACCCAGCGACCCAGUAGCGCCUACAUCGGCUCAAGCACCCACCCAAGAGAGCGCGACGAGCACUGCAUUGCCGGACACGGGCCUCGACGACGACGACGACGAUGCUGCUGCGCUGGUGCCGCUGGUCGAGCACGAUUGGCCUUGGUUUUCGUCCAUCGUCACGCCCACCAGCCCGGGAAGCCAGGUCGAGGCCAAGCAGAGCUAUCUGUGUGCCAUGCGCGACAGGACGCGGGACCGUGCGUUACAGUACCAGCACACUGUGCACAAUGCGAGCCGUUUGCUCAUUGAGGACUUUUCGCAGCAGUACAUUCUGCACCUGCGACAUAUUCGGGCGGGAACAAUCUCGCCGUGCAAGCCAAUGCAAGUCAAUGGGCAUUGCUUCGACCAGCCUGUUGGAACGUUUGUGAAGGCUCGGUGCGAUUCCAGCGCCACGCAGUCCGUCGUGCGGGCCACCGAAGGGCGGUUGCUCAUUCGAUGCAGCACGCCGUGCGAUUCCAUCCAAGAAGACGACCCCGGCAUGCAGACUUGCGACUGGAGCACGAUGCGAUGGCACGUGCCAGGUUGUCGGUCUGCCUGGAUGAUGUCCGGCCCUCAUCGCGCAGAGCUCGAGCAAUGCAUACGCAACAAGGCCAUGGUCUUCAUCGGCGACUCGACGCUGCGCACCGAGUUUCACCGAUUAGCGGAGAUCUCGGGCACCGAUUUGUGGACCCCGCUGAGUAAUUCGUUCUACCAUGAGCAAGUAUUUACCGCCACAGACCUUGCGCCAGAGUACAAUCCCAAUCACUCGACUCUCUACUUUCAUUAUUGGCCGGACUUUGCUACGAUAACACAACGACAGCCUUUGGCAAAGUAUACCGCUAUGCUCCGCGAUCGGCUCGUGGAAGCAGUCCAGCGUCUGCGCGAUGUGGGACAGCUCGAUCGACAAACGACCUUUGCCUUGAUGGGCCUAUAUUGUCUGCCCGCCUACACGGUCGAGGUCAGGGCCGUCCUUUCGCGCGCUUAUCAGUGCGAGCUGCUUCGAAGAGGCAACAACGGUGAUGGUGGUGGUGGUGCUGGUGGUGGUGGGUCUGAGUGGAGCUGGACUCCCGCGCUCAACUCGCCCAGCUCAUCGCCCUAUCUGGUCACCUCUCUGGACGAGUGCACCGAUGACAAACUGAGGCAGGCCACUGUCAACGCAGCCGACACCUGUGCGCUCGUGCCGCUGCCAACUCAUUUGACAGUCGUGUUCAAGUCGCGCUCACCGAGCAUCUCGCACGACGCUACCGUGUCAGACCAAGGAGCCAAUCACCAGUGCAAGGCCAUGACCAAGAAUUGCGGCUUUCAAUGGUUUGACUCCAUGCAACCCGUUCUCCCGGCAGCAGGGCUGCUAAUACAGGACAGAUGCAAGUGUCAUUUCGCAAAGCAUGACGAGGAGGCGCGACCAUCGCCAUUAGACCAAGUCAAUAUGCCGCUCAACAACAUGAUGACCAACUUGCUUGCUGAAGGGUUGUGUCGCGAGUAUCGCCUGUGAAUCUUUUGACGGGGAUGCACCGGCGCAUCUCUGAACUCUUAUUUAACCAAGAUUCGAAGUACUGUUUGAUGUUGUUAGUUGGCUUGCUGUCCGAUAGAGGCACGCAGGUGAAACAAUGCUAUGUGCACGCAUCUUUAGUUGAAUGUCAAGUAGCUUAGCAAUUGCAACACGGCGUCUACCAUGAAUGAAGGCGGGGGAGUCCUUGCC